GGGGACGAGCCGGGGCAGGUGGCAGACAUGACUUCUCUUGGCCGUCCAGAACAGGGGCAAAGAGCCCCCUGUGACACUGCCAGACAAGCACAAAUGGAGGAGUGGGCUGUCCAACCUGGCAGCGAGGGACACGAGACCAGACAAGUCCCUCCUGGUUCCAGCAGGUGCAUGGGUGAAGAGAAAGGAUUCUCAUACCUCUGCUUUCCACAAAAGCUUUGGAAGAUUGUGGAAAGUGACCGCUUUCAGGCCAUCUGGUGGAGUGAGGGUGGGAAAUGCGUGGCCAUCGAUGAAGAACUUUUCAAAGAGGAGGUGCUGGGCAGGGGAGGAGCUCUGCGGAUUUUCACCACGCAGAGCAUGAAGAGCUUCAUUCGGCAGCUGAAUCUAUACGGCUUCACCAAAAUGCAGCAGGAUUUCCAAAGAUCUGCCUCCCUGCCUGAAUUCCUGGCAGAAGAAGCAGCAGCUGCUGCUCACAGCCAGAUACUCCAUUACUACAAUCCCAGCUUUAACAGAGAGUAUCCUCAGCUGCUGGAGAAGUGCAGGAGGAGAGUUGGCCUCAAACGGCGAGCCCCAGACACACCGGGGAUGGAUGCAAGGCACCCCUCCAGAAGCCCAGAUGGUCAGCCCGCAGGGGACACACAGGCAUCCCUGCCUGGCAUGAACACACCCACCAAGCGAUGGGCAGAAGCACCUCCCGGCCUCGGCAGCGCCCACCCAUCUCCACCGGCAGCUGCUCCCACGCUUCCAGAGCCUGCCGGAGCAGCAGGCAGCGACCACUUCACCCCUCUGGCUGCCUUCUUCCUGCCACCACCCAGCAGCCAAACCCCGGGUGCCCUCCAGCGUCCUGCUCCGCCACAAUUUGCAAUGCCUGUACUGGCAGCAGCCUCCACUCUGCUGGGGCCAAGGCCACCCCAUGGCCUGAGCCUGACAGUCCCCCACUGCCCCACCUGCACCUGCUGCCCCAGCCCUGCAGAUGGACCCCAGCACGGCACAGCCUAGAGGGAGCACAGGGAGGCGGCAGCACGUCAAUACUGUCCAAUUCAUAGCGUUGUUAACAGAUAGAGCUUAACAGAGUUAGAAGAAGUAGAGCUUAGUAGAGUUGAAAAUAAACUGUUGGAACAAUAAACCUUUCCCAGGCGCCCUGUCCU